AGAAGAUUCCUAAUUCGGAGAUUCAGCUUAUGUUUAGAAAUCAGCCGACUUAGCUUUUAGUUCAGACUGUACUAGACAAAGAUAGAGUGCUGUUUUAAACCUACAAGCAUGCUCUCUCUCAUCUCGCAACACUCAAGAGGUAGCGUGCGUUCCAGAUAGUAUAUAUUUCAGUGGUGUAGUGCCAGCAGCCAUAUUGGAUUCUAACAUUCCUGGUCAUUUUUGAUUGGCUAUUAUUUUGGAUGACUGCGCAUCCACGAGACUGGUACACCUUUAUAUUUCAUCAUGUCCCGGGCAUUUUCGGUUCGCACGCGUCGCGUCUAUGUUAUUUGUGCGCGUGACGUGGCUGUGCUGACAUCUAUCGGCAGUGUUCGAUACGUGCGAAACGUCAAGUUUAUGUUUUACGGUUGUAUGUAUACUACUCAGUGAUAGUUAGAGAAAAAUCGAUAAUGUCUCGCACGAGACACGCGUAAAGUGAAGGAAUUACGAAUGACAGGAGCGUGCGGCGGCGAUGUAACUGCGCCUCUGAGAAAUCCGGACACUAUGAAUGUCAGGAGUUGGCGGAGCAGGAGUAAGUUUUCGCGCUGCCUGUGGAAGAUUACGGUCUGUGUGGCUCUGCGCAGAGGGUCGUCACUGAUCGUAUCUCGUUGAUGGAAGGGUCGCUACAGAAAGCAUGAGAUGCGUAAGAACAGUCUCAGGAAAAACACAUUCAGUCCACUGACACAGAAGAUAAGGGCCCCACAGCAUUUGCUGAGGCUCAAGAAUGAAGAGAGUGGGCUUGAUAAUGAGAACAGCGGUCGCUUCCAGUUGCCCAGCUUGCCCAGCUUGCCGCGAAGGAAAUCGUGGAAGGAUGACGAUAAUGUUCUCUCCACUGGAAACAGCGCGGCUACCUCUGUCUCUUGGUCACAGGAAGCAGAGAAUGUUGCAACCCAGAGGUUGGAGGAGCAAUGGGCUACUGUGGAAAGAUCUUUUUAUGAAGAGGAUGACGAGCUGCCUCAGGGACCUGCCUUGGAUGAGUGCAUACAAUGGAGAACACAGAUACCAUAUUUGAGGUUAAUGGGUAGAAAUUCAGCUGGUAUUAAUAACAAAGCACAGCUUGACAUUUGCUCUAGUGGUAAAGCAAGGAAGAAGUUGGGCAAUUUACAAAAUGAUGAGGUACUCAUGGAACGUAGUCUUUCAAUUAAGGAGGAAGAGAAUUCUACCCAAUAUAAAUUAAACAAAGCAAAAUUUGAAGAAGUCCUUGAUUUGCUGAUGGAGUACAUAGUACCAGAGCUUUUCCCUGACAAAGAGGAUGACACAGAUUCUUUGCACGAAAGCUUAAGUGAUACUUUGAAGAUAACUCCUGCUCCCCUUCAUAGUAAUAGGAACUCAUCAAAAAGCACGAAGACAAAUUGGGCAGAAGAAGCUGUUUCACCUAAUUAUAUUGAGAACAAAUCAUUGAGCAUAAGGAAUCGAUUACUAGAUACAGAAAGUUCUCUUCAGACAAUAAAAAAUGACACAAAUUAUCAAGCAGUUCAAAAAAGACAGAGGAAUUCAGUUUCUGCGAGUAAGCCAAAAGACUAUGGAGGUGUGGGUGAUGAUGAUGCGUUAAAAACCAAAGAGAGGCUAUGCACGCCACAUAUAGGCAGGAAUAAACUCGGCACAGUCUUUAACGAGAGGAUUGUCGUGACCCCUGUGCCUUUCGCGGUAUCCACACGAGAAAGCUUCUCUACAUUAAAAAACACUCCAAUUAGGUUCAUGGGCGAGAAUUUUGAGAUUUCUUCCUUCCGAGGAUCCGCUCGGAACGUGUUAGGUUUUCGAGGUUCCGCGAAAAAGUCGUCUUUGAGAAAUCCUGAUAUUCAUUCCGCUUGGCAAGCUCCUGUUUGUCCUGCUGUCUGGCCAAAAAAUGUCCGGCUCGCACCCAUAGAUACUUCGAGACUCCCUAGUAGUAAAAACAGGUCACAGGCACCGUCAUCCACUGUUCUACAUUGCAGCAGGAAAUCGUUAAGUCCCAUUUCGCGUCCUACGAUUCCCAAAUCGGCCUACGCGGCUCGUGAGCACGACAGUCUGCUGCAGAUUCAAGGCAAGCACGUCGUCCCCGCGCAGUCGUCGAAAAUCAGUCUGCUCUCGGCCGGCUGGGAUCAUAGUCCCAGAGUGAGUAAGAGCAAGAAGAAGAAAUCUAGUGCAAAGGAGGGACCGUGAGGAAUUUCAGGAGAGGCGAAUCAAUCGUGCUUUAAGCAAAAUAUAUGCAUGCGAGAAAUAUAUAUUUUUUGGAAGUCAUUACGCGUGUUGCUUCCUGUGCGCAAUCGCAAGGAAACCGAAGAGUACAAAAUGCCGCUUCGACGCGUUCGGUUUCGCGGCAGGAUAACGCUUGGAGCACAGCGAAACGCUUUCAGCAAGAAUACAUGUAUACAGAUAUAUUUUUAUCAUCGUAUAAUCUACGGGAGCGAAUUGCCGUGAUCACGCGAGAUUCUAUUUUAAAGUAUCAUUGUUGAACAGAAUAUAUGUAUAUAUUACACACACAUAUAUACACAUAUCGUGACUAUCUCUACCUCAUUAUGUGUCUGUGUCGAGUGUUCUACACACGCUUGUCGCGAAUGAAUAUAUUUUUGUAUGUCGCACGAUUAUGUGUCAUUGUAAAUACAUUGGAUGUGAAAUAUAAUGGCGUUAUUGUUGAA